AUGAAGAGACUUUCCAAACUGACAGACGCCGUGGUGAAGAGCGCCUGGAAGAAGCUUGUCGAUCCAACGGUCGGGCGAGGGAAAACAGCUUGGCCGAAAUCCCAGGCCGAUCUUCUGAAAUAUGGAAUUCGGCUGGACUACGAUGGAGUCGUCACUGUGGACGGUGUGGAGCAUCACAAGUAUCAGCGUCAGCCAAAUGCCGGGAAGAUUUCGAGUUCCUUACGAGAAUGGAGAGAAAAGAAUGGCGGUACCCAUGCAGUCAUUACGUCUGUUCUAAUCAAGAAAGGAGGGACCGAGAAGGACGUUGAGGAGGCAGUUAGUAAAGCGUUCAAGGAGGCAUAA